GAUAUGACCAAGGUGCUGUGAAACUAAGUGAGCACAGAGCUGGAGCCAGGUUGUCGUGCGAACUGCCUUCUUGGCUGCCCUGCCCAAGAUGGAACCCCGGACAGAGAAGGGCGAGGAGACAGAGAACGUGAAGAUCACCUCCCAGCUCCUGAAGGCCAAGACGGGCGAGUUUGACCUGGAGUCUAUACUGCUGCUAAAGCUCCGGGGCCUGGGCAUCGCAGACCUGGGCUGCCUCGGGGAGUGUGCCGGCUUGGAGUGGCUGGACCUGUCGGGCAACGCCAUCAUCCACCUGGGGCCCCUCUCCUCCCUCAAAGCCCUGGCCGUCCUCAACGUCUCCUCCAACCGCAUCGCCAGCUUGGAGCCCCUGGCUGGCUGCGAGAACCUGCAGAGCCUCAACGCAGCAGGGAACCUGCUGAGCAGCCUCCAGCAGCUGCAGUGCCUGGCCGGCCUGCGGCACCUCGAGAGCCUGCGCUUCAGUGACCCCGUGGGGCGCCUCAGCAACCCGCUCUGCGGCGCUGCCGGGUACCGCACCGCCAUGGCAGAGAUGCUGCCGGGGGUCAAGGUGAUUGACGGCGAGCGGGUCUCCGGGCGCGGCAGUGAGCUCUACCAGCUCUGCAAGGACAUUGACAGCUCUCUCAAGCGCUUCCACGGAGCCGGAGCCGGCGAGCUCAGCGGCCUGACCAAGCCCUGGGUGGAGGAGGGGUACUGGGAUGUCCGCCCCGUCCGGAGGAGCUCCAUCGUGGAAGAGGCCUACAAGCAGUUCAACGAGGUCCUCCAGGAGUGCCGGGACCUGAGCAAGCGCGCCGACGACACCAUUUCCCAAGCGGAGAGGGCCCUGAGUGCCCGCUCCGAUUCCAGCUCGUUCGUCUUUUGAGCCGCCCUGCACUUUGACGCCCUUCCCUUUGCGUUGCCAAGCUGGGCCCUGUCCUUUCAGUAUCAUCCUUGUCCCUCGCAAGUCUGUGAUGCCAUCCUUUUGCCCUGGCCUCUGUCCCUUCUGAAAGCAGCGGGUGCGUCCACACCCUGAACCAAACCUGUUCCCCACAGCCCCUUGGAAAGCUUGUAGGAGCUGUGACACCCUCAGGUCCAAGUCAAAGGGCAUCGGGAGAAAGUUUUCAGCCAACGGGACUCUGAAAUCUGGAUUAUCAAGUCACAGCUCAGCUCGUGUUGGGACCUUUCAGGCUACUUCUGUGCAAUAUGUAGCCUAGUUUUUACAACG